UUCUUAAAUUGUGACAAGCGAAAUUCGUGACAGGUGACAACUGACAUAACCUAAAAAAAACAUUACAAGCGGUUUUGGAUUUUUCUCCUUAAAAAUGGUAUUGAACGAUUGGAUGAAUGCUGCCCACAGCACUGGGACCUCAAUUAUGGCAGCGGAAUUUGAUGGAGGAGUAGUGAUUGGGGCUGAUUCCCGAACCACUACAGGUGCCUAUAUUGCGAAUCGUGUCUCAGACAAACUUACUAAAGUCACUGACCACAUUUACUGUUGUCGUUCUGGCUCUUCUGCUGACACCCAAGCAAUUGCUGAUAUAGUCUCUUACCAUUUGGGUUUCCAUGGAAUGGAACUUGGUGAGGAACCACUGGUAGAAGUAGGAGCAAACGUUUUUAAGGAAUUGUGCUAUAAUUACCGAGAUUCUCUUAUGGCUGGUAUCUUGGUUGCUGGAUGGGAUAGCAAAAAGGGUGGUCAAGUUUAUUCUAUUCCAAUUGGAGGAAUGGUUGUAAGACAAUCAGUUUCGAUUGGAGGUUCCGGAUCCAGUUAUGUCUAUGGUUAUGUUGACGCCAACUACAAGAAGGGAAUGACCAGAGACGAAUGUGUCCAAUUUGUUACCAACACUUUGGCCCUCGCUAUGUCCAGAGAUGGUUCUUCUGGAGGUGUGGUACGUUUGGGCGUGAUUACCGAAAAGGGCAUCGAACGCAAGUGCGUUUUGGGCAAUGAAUUGCCUAAAUUUUAUGAUGAGUAAUUUAAGAUGAUUGUAAUUGGUGGUUUUUAUUUAAAUAUAAUACACUUUUUUUUGUAAUUAAAUAAAAGUCUUUUAGAAUA